AUGGAGGAUGCACCGAUCGUGGCCUGGACAGAUGCGAGGGUCGUCCUGUGCUGGUUGCGCUCUCAUGCGUCGCGCUGGCGACCAUUUGUAGCGCAUCGAGUGACGGAGGUGCAAAAUCUUGUGCCGGGCGAGCGAUGGAGGCAUGUCCCCACGACUUCCAAUCCAGCGGACCUGGCAACCAGGGGGAUUCCGGUCUCGGAGCUCCUUGGACUGGACCUGUGGUGGAGGGGUCCUGAGUGGCUGCGGGGACCGCCCGCCGCAUGGCCCGCGAUGGGUGACCUUGCCACUCGCCAAGAAGAAGAGGAAAGAAGGGCGGUGCAUUUAGCCGCUCCAGGAAAUAAGGAGGACCUCCUCGAGGAGAGAUUCUCGUCGCUGACGCGGCUUGUACGCGUAGUGGCGUAUUGCUGCCGACUUUAUCGGAGCGCCCGAGGCAUACACAAGCAAGACGGGUUCUUGACGAGCGCUGAGUUGGAGGCUAGUCUGUCUAGGUUGGUGAGACUGGCGCAGAGAAGAGAGUUUCCGGGGGACAUGGAGGCGCUUACGGCGGGCAGCCCGCUGCCGACCGGUUCGUCGCUGCGAGCCUUGAGUCCGUUCCUGGACAAGGAUGGAUCCUUGCGAGUGGGCGGUAGACUUCAAUCCGCUCAGCUGCCCUUCCCGGAGAAGCACCCUCUGAUUCUUCCAAAGGAGGGUCCUCUCACCGAGCUGGUCCUUCGCAACGCGCACACCACUACCUUGCAUGGGGGCCCUCAACUCAUGCGGAGCUAUCUCCUCCGCCGGUUCUGGGUCGUGGGGGUGGCCACUCGAGUGCGAAGGAUCGCCCGAGAGUGCGUGCGCUGUGCCCGUUUCCGUGCGGAAACGGCACAACAGAGGAUGGGCCAGCUGCCACCCGAACGCGUGCGUCCCUCCAGGCCCUUUGUAUCGGCGGGAGUCGACUACGCCGGUCCCCUGCCGCGUCGGGGUCGUUGUCGCCUGCUGCUUAGCGAUAAUGCCACCAACUUUCGAGGAGCUGACGCUGAACUGAGGGCUAGAUUUCGGGCCGCCUCUGAAUUCUAUAAGGAGGCCGGCGAGGUGCUGGCCAACGACGGGACCGAAUGGAGGUUCAUUCCACCUCAGGCUCCUCACUUUGGGGGACUCUGGGAAGCGGGAGUUCGUUCGGUCAAGCAUCACCUGCGCCGCGUCAUCGGGGAUCAUGCCCUGACCUAUGAGGAGACGGCGACACUGCUGUGUCAGAUUGAGGCCUGUCUCAAUUCAAGACCGCUAAGUCCAUUGAGCACGGACGCGGCGGAUCUGGUGGCGUUGACGCCUGGCCACUUCCUGGUGGGUGAGGCGCUCGGGAAUAUAACGGAGGUCCCCGAGUCCGAUCUUCAUCCCACAUCGCGCUGGCGGUUGAUCUCCGCAAUCAAGGAAUCCUUUUGGAGGCGGUGGCACGAGGAGUAUCUGCAUCUGUUGCAGCAGCGCUCCAAAUGGACCCGAGAGCGGACCAACCUCACGCCGGGCAUGAUGGUCUUGGUGAGGGACGAGCUGCUGCGGCCUGCUAAGUGGCCAUUGGCUCGGGUUACACGAGUCUUUCCGGGACCGGACGGAUGCGUGCGCGUGGUGACGGUCCGCACGGCGGCGACCGAGCUGACACGGCCGAUCACCAAGAUCUGUCCUCUUCCACUCAUCACGGAUCGGCGCUCUCUCAGGGGGCUUGACCAAGCCACCUGA